CCUUUUAUUUCCGGGUUAUGUCAGUGCUGGCAGAAGCAAUGACAUUGUACCAAACACUACAGAAGUCAGUCCGCCGAGUGGCUUACACUUUGUCGUUUCACAUGGUUUGAAGGCUUCAGUGAGUACUGACGUUACCGUCAACAUGUCAUCCACUACUACCGGUUUUAACGAGGAGCAGCAGCGCAGAGGAGCACAGGGGCCAGUAGGCAUGGACUACAUCCCCACAGAGGAGGAGAGGAGGGUGUUUAAAGAGUGCAACCAGGAGAGCUUUUGGUACAGGUCGGUGCCCUUCUCCGUGGUGAGCAUGGCUAUCACUCAAGCCCUGGUUGCCAGAGGGACCCUAUCAGCAUCUCCGAGGUUUGGAUCUCUACCUAAACUGGCCUUUGCUGGUUUCUGUGGUUACCUGGCUGGGAAAAUGUCCUACAUGAAGACAUGCCAGGAGAAGUUCAAGAGGUUGGAGAACUCCCCUCUGGGAGAGGCCCUCAGACAGAGGACAGGACUGCCUCCACAGUAUUCCAGAGGUCCUCAGUCAGAGAUGAGUGACCCAAACAGCCCGUCAUUUGACCCCAUGUUCCAGCCAGCAGACAGUCCCGGCCAGACGCCCACACAGAUCAGAGAUUAUGGAUAUGGGUAUAAUCCAGAACCACCUGCACAGAUGAAAAAACCAGAUGACUUUAGUGCUCAAGUCCAGUCAUAUAUGGAAGAGGAGGAGCCCAGGAGAAAGCCCAUCCUCUAUGAAGACCUGAGGCUUAAAAACAGAGAGAACUACGAGGUUACACUCACUCAGAAGGCCGAGACGCUGCUCAAACCUUCACCUGAAAAGGGUUCAGAAAGACCAAUAAAAGAGGCGAAGAAGAACAUCUAUGGAGACACUUGGGAGGAAUGAGUCCUUUAUUUGAUCUUUAAGACGUCAUCUGUGCUCUGGCUUCACUGUCAUUUCAGGACAGUAAGCAGCUCAGUGUGUGACUUAGUCUCAGGUGUCCUGAAGUUGUGAGUUUCUGAUCAAUAUGUUGUUGAAAGUGAGUGAAAUAAACCAAAUUGCUUGAGGACUAAAA